UCAGAGCGGCGGCGGCGGCGGCGGCGGUGGGUGCGGGCAGGAGGCGGCGGCAACAGCGGGGACUAAACAGCAGCGGCUAUGCAUCCAAGUGCGGCUGGGCAGCCGCUGCACCCCUGAGGCCCGGGCGGGGCUCCCAGAGCUUCGGGCGGGAGGACGUUGGUCCCAGAGUGCGAGGAAGAUCAGUAGAGUCCAGGGCGGCGUCGGCUGCGCUGCGCACAAAGCUGAGGAGGGGGCCUCGGAGCAGGGCUGGGGAGGGGGGCGGCUGGCGCUGGCAGCCCCCGGGGUGGGGGGCGGGGUGGGCGCCGGCGGCGCGAUGCUGGGCAUCGUGGAGCUGCUGCUUCUGGGGGCUGCGUGGCUGGCAGGCCCGGCCCGGGGGCAGAAUGAGACGGAGCCCAUCGUGCUGGAGGGCAAGUGCCUGGUGGUGUGCGACUCGAACCCCACGUCCGACCCUACGGGCACAGCUCUGGGCAUCUCUGUGCGCUCCGGCAGCGCCAAGGUGGCUUUCUCUGCCAUCCGGAGCACCAACCAUGAGCCGUCCGAGAUGAGUAACCGCACCAUGAUCAUCUACUUCGACCAGGUACUAGUGAACAUCGGGAACAACUUUGAUUCAGAACGCAGCACUUUCAUCGCCCCUCGAAAAGGGAUCUACAGUUUUAACUUCCACGUGGUAAAAGUCUACAACAGACAGACCAUCCAGGUGAGCCUUAUGUUGAACGGGUGGCCGGUGAUUUCUGCCUUCGCUGGUGACCAGGACGUGACCCGGGAGGCCGCCAGCAACGGAGUCCUAAUCCAAAUGGAAAAAGGCGACCGGGCAUACCUCAAGUUGGAGCGAGGGAACUUGAUGGGGGGCUGGAAGUACUCGACCUUCUCCGGAUUCCUCGUGUUUCCGCUCUGA